GGUUGCGUGGCGUAUAACCCGGCGCAAAGAACAGCAUAUGGCUAUGUGCCUUCACUGGCUGCUGGCAUCGUCUAUUGCGUCCUCUUUGGACUCUCAAUGAUCGCGCAUACCUUCCAAGCCAUCAAGACAAGAGCACUAUGGAACCUCGUUUUCGCCGUUGGCUGUCUGACUGAAAUACUGGGCUGGGCUGCCCGAACUUGGUCAAGCGAAUGUCCCUACAAUGCCAACGCCUUCUUGAUGCAGAUUUGCACACUGAUCAUCGCACCCACCUUCUUCACUGCUGGAAUCUAUGUCAUCCUCGGACGCAUGAUUGCUAUCGCUGGGCCUGGAGUGUCACCCAUCGGACCCGUCUGGUACCUCUGGAUCUUCUGUACUGUUGACAUCAUCUCUCUUGUCAUCCAAGCUGUUGGUGGCGGUUCAGCAGCUGUCGCAUUCAACUCGACUCCCCCUGGCAACACAAAGGUCGGAACCGACAUCAUGGUAGCUGGUAUCGACUUUCAACUGGCCUCGGUCAUCGUCUUCAGCAUUCUCUUCUUCCUCUUCCUCUACAGAGCAGCUGUCAAGCUAAGACUUCCCGCCUUCAUGAAUGACAAGAACAUGAAGCUUCUCGUCCUCGUCACAUCCUUCUCAAUUCUUCUCAUCAUCAUGAGAAGCAUCUAUCGUACCAUUGAACUUGCUGGCGGCUGGACUGGACGCGUCAUCGAGACCGAGAGAUACUUCAUCGCCCUUGAUGGUGCACCUAUGGCUGCCCUUGUCAUCGCUUUCAACAUUUUACACCCUGGUGUCCUGAUC